GGUUUUAACUACUGUAGAAAGUCCGAAUCCUCCGAAUUGCGUUCGUCUCUUCAAAGCAGCGGCUUAGCGGCAGACGCAGAGAGCACUAUGUCCCUGGCAUCCUGGUUCAGGUGGAAUGAGCCCCCAAACCGCAUUUCGCAGAGGAGCCCCACGGAAAUGGUGGUUGAGACGCUGAUGACGGAGCUGAACUGGCAGACCAAGCAGGCAGAGAAGCAGCAGCGAGAGCGGGAGAAUGAGUAUCGCAAGAUCAAGACUGGGGUGGACUACGGCUGGCUGGUCAGCUAUCCAAAGCAGAGCUACGAUAUCAGCCCAGGAGAACGCCUGCAGCUGGAGGAUAUGUGCACCAAAAUACACCCUUCCUACUGUGGGCCUGUCAUACUCAGAUUCCGGCAGCUCAUUGCUGAAUACGAACCAGAAGUGCAGGAAGUAUCGCGGCUCUUCCGCUCUGUCCUGCAGGAAGCUGCCGAGAAGAUCAAAGAGGAGGAAGAGGCCAAGAAGCUCGCCAGGCAAUGGAACACAAAGAACAAAACCAGCCUCUCCUUAGCAACAUUUAAAUCUCGGUCCAGGAUUUCCCCCUUCAUCAGUGACAUCAAGACCAUCUCUGAGGACGUGGAACGGGGCACCCAGCCUACCAGGAGGGUUUGGAGCAUGCCUGAGUUUCGGAAUGGCAAGGAUUACUGACUCUACACUGAGUAUGGUUUUUAGUGAUCUUUUAAAAGCCCAAUUAACCCUUUUUUAGCUCUCCUGCUUCUUCUUCGUUCCAGCUCUCUCUCUUCUUGCCUAUCUCUCUCUUGAAAGCUGUGUCCAUAGUAACUGCUGCCGAUGCCCACGCUGUGUGACACAAUUUCUUACCAAACAUGUUAGCCUUUCCUCUAACUCAGUAGCUAUUCAGUAACCUUAAGGGCAAGGCUCACUUAUGAUCUCAUUUUUAUUACCGCUUUCUUGUGGAAAACGCAUUAGUUUUGUGAUGACUGUUUUUUCCCUCUCCCCCUCAAGCCUGGAUGUAGUUAUCUACAAAUGCUUUUGGCCCAAGCUGGUGAGAGCUGCUAGCUGGACCAAUCUUGCUGAAAGCAAGACAGCCACUUAAAUGAGGAAGGCUUGCAGGAUCAGGCCUGCGAGUCAAAGCUAGUACCUGAUUUGGAACCAAACUUCCAACCAGUAACCUUCCUCAGUGCUACGAGAAACUUCACCGGUAACCUCAGCACUGCUCAUUGCUGACAAUUCACAAUCCAACCUGAGCUGAAACAGACCCAAGCUCUUUGAGAUGAAAGACCAAUAUUACCCCACAGCAACCAGUUUACGCAAGCUCGGGUUUCCUGGGUAUUUUCUCUUUUGUGCAGGCAGAACCCCUUGAACCUUGCACCAGCAGAGUAACUAGAAAUGUAACAACCCGCCAUGUAGCUGUAUGGGCGGAUACAUCAGUGCCCUGUCAAGUGCUGUGGAUGGUCCUCCCUGUUCUGUGUGGCUGAGCUCCACCCUGCCUCCCAGGAGUAAGUCAGUGGGCUGAAAUUAAUGUUUAUAGCCAAGCCUGAAAGAGUGCUUGAGUAUAGUAUCAAUGCAGAGAGCAGGGGGAAGGGAAUCAGUAUCCAGCUACAGGGCUCUCCGUGAGGCUGCAAUGGUUGAGAUCAUUUUAACAAGCUGCUGCUGUGAGUGACUGAAAGGCUCUGGUAGAGGAAGGUUUUUCUGUCUUCCCUCACGGGUGCUCAAAAGAGCUUUCCAGUAUCACAGGCUCUUGGCUGAUGAGUUGGUAUUAUUACAAAAGAAUCUUUAAUGCAAACUGAGCCACUUGUAGACCAGCAUAGCUCUGCUGAGACCCUGAAGGAACAGGAAAAUGCAGCUAAGGAAAAGCUACCACGGCCCUACCUCAGCAUCUGUAGAGAGAGCUCUUACCAGCAAAGGAAAAAGAAUGGCACACUCAAAGUCAUAGAUCCUGUAGAGAAGGCAAGGGCCAGGAUGCUUUGUGGUGACCAAAGGGAGUUGGGGAAGGAUGCUUCAGUAUGCUUCCCUUGCAUGAGUGGUGUUUGGGGAACCAUGCCAGGGGGGUUUGGGCCUCCAGCCUCCUGGAGGACCCUGUAGCUUUGUUGUUCUUUUGUCCAUUUCUGACUCUUUUUCCCAAGGGGUCUUUGCAGUAGCAUGCGGGUACUCCAGCCAAAAGAAAAUCCUUUGAAGCAGUGCCAGCUCUGGGAGGAAUUCCAGUAUGUGAAAUCUAUCCUAGAGUAGAAAUGUGCAGUUUCUUCCAGAGAUGGAGGAGGGCAGCAUAAAACAAAGAUCAAGAUCAAACCCUAAAGAGCUCUCUAAGACUGUGGGAUUCUGGCUUUUCCUCUUUCCCCUCUAGGCUAUCUAAGAUUGAAGACAAGGCUUUCCUACUAGCACCAGCCUGUAGCUUUUAGUCUUGGUAAAAACUGCUGCCAGCAAACCUCCUAGGGACAGAAAGCAAAAGUUCACUUCCAACAAAGAACUCAGGGUUUCCAAACACAGCAUCUAGUUUGGGCCACGCUAUUUCAACUCUAGGUCAAUGAGGGAGAGUUUGAAGCCUUCUGACAGUCAGCUUGGUGUUUUUCAGCUGUAUGUCCUUGCAAAGUAAUGUGAUUGCGUACAUGAAGUAAAACCAAAGUCUUGACAGGCUUAGCAUAGCCUUAGUUGUCUAGAUGACGUGGGAUCUCUAGCAAGGGAUCACCACAAUCUGUAGAAAAACUCUUGUUUGGAAAAAAGUUAACUUUUUCCUUUUAAAUGUAUUUUCAAGCUGCUGUAUGAUACUGAAGGCUGAGAUGAGUUAAUGAAUUUCAUGCUACAGCUCCUGUAGCCAUUUUAUUUGCACUCUUGUGUUUGACACCUUCAGUAUUGACUAUAUUGAUGCAAUACUUGAUGGACUGCUGGGAGAGACAGGACAUUCUGAGACACUGGCAUAAAGCUCUUUCUUACAGUGUAGUGUCUAUAACGUGCUUACUCUUUCUUAAGGAGAAGCAAGAGUAACGAACUGCCCCUACACCAAUGGACAAAGCCAAGGAAAUCACACUAUUAAAGAAGCCCCUGACCAUACCAUGUCCUUCUUCAACAAACUCAAGGCAGCAGAUACCAUUGUCAUCCAACACGCAGCAAAGGGAGACAAAUCCAACCUUCGAGCAAUGCCAUGUAUGUUAUGGCAGCCAGGCUGGGGUUGUGUGUGUGACAGCUGCUUUGCCUCAACUUACCCACCAUUUCUACAGCCACAAUAAAACAGAAUCCAAAUUUGUAAACAGUAUUAUUCUCUCUAUACCUUUUCUGAUAGUUACACUGGCUCACAGUAGUAUCUGAUGUUAAAAGGAUAUUCAGAUACCAAGCUAGGAGGUUUCUACUCCUACUCCGUGCUAUCUUGUACUCUGAAAGGUCCUGUUUGUCUGCAGCCAGCUGACUGUGACCUUCUGGUACCCCAGCAGAGCUGGGAAGAGGGUUAGGGAGCACCCGUCCUGCGCUGUGCCAGCACUGCUCAUUUUUCUUAGAAUGCCGUAGACUGAACCAUAAAUAAUCCUUUGGUCACAGCCUGUGUCAGCAGCUAGCCACUCAUGUCUGCCUUGUCCCAAUUCCACAUUUUGCAGGGCUAAAUCAGCAUUUCAGCUCAAAUCAGGAGCAUGCAACCUACUGUGGAUGGUCCACGGCACUGGAAGAAGCUAACCUCAAAGCCCCAUUGCAGCUGGCUCACAGACCGUAAAGCUGGACUCACACUGGUCUGAAGUCAGCUCUUGUGUUGUGUCAGCCUCAGGCCCUCACCGACAACUGGCCGAGUCCACAGCUCUGCUCCUCCUGGACUGCACCACUUACUAGGGUAGGAAAAAUCCAACAAACCAAAACAUUUCUACACAGCCCUGCUGAGUCCCUGGUCCAUUCUUAGCCUCUCCUAAGAGCUAGGCCAGUGUCUUAGUUCUUUAAGAAGAAUAAAAAGUCAAACAGCAACACAACAUCAUUAACAAACAAGGGAACUGAACAAGAACCAUUCUGCAUCUUCAGUCAUCCUCUCAAAACUGAGCAAGGAUUUUGGUAUUGGCCCAGAGCAUUACCGUUGCCCCCAUUGCUGACAGUGUUAUGCUGUUCAAAAGAGAUUGUUACACCCAGGAAAAAAGCAGUCCUAAAGUUACUCUAUAUUCUAACAAGUGCUGGCAACACCUCUAUAGCAGCUCAGCUGCACUGUUAACACUCCUCAGUCACCGCUCCCCUGAGGGAGACUGUGCAGCCCUGCUUCUAUGGCUUCUACAGCCCAGCCCGACCCGCAGGCUGUUGUAGCCGGCAAAGGUGUGCGGGAGGUGAGGUUCCUCACUCCUGUCAGCACAUCCUUCAGACAGCUGUCACGCCAUGGGGAACUGGAGUAAGCUCCACAGGAAUUACCUGUCUGCUGAGAUUGCACUGUUCAUACAUCUUAUCAUGGAACCUCAAAGAAUUAAA